AUGGGAAGUGGUGGCUCUGUUGCCGUAGCUGAACAAGUAAACAAAUGCUCCACAGAGGAUUUGCAACAAAUCCUCCCACAUCUCAGCGAUGACAGCCGCGUCAAGCUUUUAGAGGUGCUGGGAUCCGAGAAGAAUGUGGAGAAGAAAACAGUAAUCGAAGAAGAAGUGGUUCCUGCAGGUGGCGUGAGCCCUGCCACGAUCCUGACCUCCUUUUGGCGCAAGAAGUUGGGACAGGAAGGUUCCACGAGCAUUCCCAUCGUGAAGGCUGCAGAUCUGGGGGUGAUCUCUAGGAGCGCCAAGAAGUUCGAGGGCAAAGGGGGCCAUGACCCAUGGUUUGGACCCACUGCCUUCACCGUCUUUGGCGAGAGGUGGACUCUGGAUGAUUUCUUGGGCGCCGGGGCCUUUGGCCAAUCCUACUUGGCGACACACGAGCCUACAGGGCAUCGCUAUGUCAUGAAGUUUCUGUCGCGGGACAAUGAUCGCGAGCUGAAGUUUUUGAAAGAAGCACCCUUUCAGGUGUUUCAGCAUCCCAAUGUCAUCACCUACGUGGGCAUUGCCACCCACAUUGGUCGUGGUUGUGAGAGUUGGAACCCUGCCAGACACAUUGUGGUCAUGGAGGCCAUCCCCAACGGCGAGCUCUUCGACCUCAUCACCGCCGAGGGCCAGGCCAUGACGGACGGCACCAUGCGACGCCUGGUGCAUGGCAUCAUCAACGGCAUGGCCGAGCUGUGCAAGUAUGGCAUCACUCAUCGAGAUCUCAAACCUGACAACCUCUUGAUCGAUGAGAACGGACAGGUGAUCAUCAUCGACCUGGGCUGUGCCAACCUGGUGCAGUGGCUGCACGAGGGCGGCGUCCAAAGCGAGGAUGUGGGAAGCCCCGUGCGGAUGUCGGUUUAUCCGCUUGUUGACCCACCUGUCGAACCUGAGCACAGGGCACCAGGCGCGAGAACCACUGCCUCCGCUCCGAGAGCCAGCCGACGUGCAACCUACACAACCCGUAGACGAUUUGCACCUUAUCCGCCCCAAGAUCCAGCAUCCGUAGCUCCACGCACACCCUCAGAGCAUUCAGCCCCUGAAGAAGAAGAUCAACCAUCUCCGGAAGAGGUCGAAGAAGUUGAGGUUGAAGUAGAGCCGGAAGACGCCCAGUCUUCUGAGGAAGCGCCUUUAGCACUGCCUGAAGGUGAGGAUUUUGAAGCGGAAGGGGCUGCUGUUACAGCGCCUCAGCCGAUCUUGCCGGCAACACCAAAGACUCCAACAGUUCUUAGAGGGAGCAUUGGAAGCCAGUGUCCGCUCCGGGAGAUCGUGAAGUUCAACCGGCAACUCCAAGAAGAACAUCGUCAGUUCCUGCUCCAAAGCCCCCAAAGCCAGCGCCUCCAGGCUUAG